UGAUUUGUUAUUGUUUUUGUUGCAUUGUUGCUUCACCAUUGCGUUGCUCACCCUAAAAGCUGCAAAUUAUUCACUUAUUGCAUUUACAAAUAGUGAAAAUCUAUUGCUUUUGGUAGAUUGUUCAUCACUAGUACCAAUUAUUUGUAGUGUGCCAUCGAAAUUAGCAGUCUAUGUCCGGUAAACGGGUGUGCAUCGCCUGUGCAAAAUAAGAAGAGCAGAACAAACAAGGAUGAGCUUGUUUUGGUGACACGCACGACUGAUAGCACAUGUCAACAAAAGCUUAAUCCUUGCAAACAGUUUGUUUUAGUGUGGAAAGUAAUUUUAGACAAUAGUACUUUACCCACGUGGAUAGAAUAUGUUCCGUUGGUUAGCGCCCAUCCUUACGCUGGUACUUUGUGUCCAAGCAGCAUCCGAUUGGAAAGGAAAAUGGUUUCCCAAUGCACCGAAAGCAGUUGCCCUGGAGGGUGGUGAAACAGUGAAAACCGUCGAUAAUGCACUGCCGGCAGCCGAUGACAAACAGGAUAAAUCGACGCGUGUGCCUAUGGGGAUCGAAAAUCCAGACUGUGAUGAUGCGAAGCAUGAUCUGGCGGUAGAUUUCGAUCCGUACAAUGUGACCCAUUCCACGGUGUACAUGUGCCUGGAGCCUAAAUCAGACUACAAGGGCGAUUACAAUAUGGAUGCUGUAAUCACGGAGCACAAUGUGCCGUCUGCUUACGUGGCCAAUCAUCGGUGUAUGAACAGUAGCAUAGAAUAUGCGGAAAGAAUUCCUUCGUAUGGAACGCAUCGUCCGCUGUGGCCAAAGUAUGGAGAAUAUAAGUAUGUUCCUCCCCAACGAUGGCUACACAACAGCGAACAUGGGGCGGUAAUUGCUCUCUACCAUCCAUGCGCCAACAAGCAACAGGUGGAUGAAUUGAAGCGUAUAGUAAAGGAUUGUCUAUACCGGCACGUGAUAACACCUUCCCAACUGCCCAACAAAGACCGACCGUUUGCGCUCGUCACCUGGCACGCAACGCUAGAGUUUUCCGUGCUCGAGCGAACCAUUGUCGAAUCUUUUAUCGAAAAGUAUGCGCUCAAGGGACCGGAGCAGACGCACCGCGAUGGGCAGUACGAUCAUCUACUGCUGGAACCGGCUAAAGUAGUAUCAACGAUGGACGAUAGUACGCUGUGUCCCAAAAAACAACGAGACUAAUCUUUUUGGAAGUGUUUAAGUGACGGGGAAACCGAACAUUGCUUGCCAUUGGCUUAGAUUUUAUAAAUCUUUACGAUCGAUGUACACGCUCUAUGUGAUAACAAUAUUUUAAAACAACAAUGGUGCAAAUGCAGGAAUCGAUCUGAAGGGGACAUGAGCUGGGACAUGAAUAUAUUCCAAUACACUUUAUCUCAAA